AUGGCUUCAUCUCCUAGCCUGGAAUUUCUCAGUCCCAUCAAUCUGCAGUCACCAGCACAGUCACCACAGCCCCUCAGAAACACUCUCGAUGAUGGCCAAAGUAUGGACCGUAAUACUGAUAGGGAACCUAGUACAUCUGUAGCAAGUGAGAAAUCUUCUGAUUUAUAUCCAGGAAGCGUCUCGAUAACGGCGACUUUGAAUGGUAUAAGUGUAGAUAAAACAAGGGAUGCGGCUAUAGACAAAGAUCAUAUUGGGACAGAUUCUGGGAAGUCUGCAUAUGAAUUUGUAAGAUAUGGUGAGGUGGAUAGAAACAGGAAGUAUAUUUACGAGGAUGAGGACAAUUCUGAUUUCACUGCCAUUGCAGAGACGCGGUCUAUCAAUAGCUUGGGCUUGGAGCCUACACAGGUGCACACACAACACACGGAAAUUUCGAUCGCGAGCGGCAGUAGCACCAACACUAAUAGGGCCGAUAGCAAACACGAUGCCCAUAACAAAGUGAGCUGUAUGUCCGGUAGCCAACUGCUGAAGAAACAGACGUCCAAGUCGCAUCUACACACAGUCACUCAGACCAAUUCACCCGCGUACGCAUACCAAUCUCUCGACUUUGAGCCUUAUACGGGACCACCUACAGCACCCAAGAGACACAAUACUCUGCCAGAAAUCCAGCCCCAAGCUACACGCACAACCAAAGUUAGGACAGAGACGCGAUCUCCACCACAGGCAUACCUACAGACACUGGCGAGUGAACACAGUAGCGUGCUGUCACCAACACCACAACUCGGCGAUUCCGACGUCCUUUUAGGUUCGGGACCAGAUUAUUCGAUGGACAACAGAUCAGCAUCGAAUGAUAUUAUUCCGAUGUCAACGGUAUGUGCAUUCGAUACGAAUUGUGAAGAGCCCCACGUGUGCUUGUAUGUGUGGUCAUAA